AUGGUUGAUGUUGGGCAGGUUCUCUCUAGUGAUCAACCACCAGCUAGUCCAAUUCAACAACUUAAAGGUAAAAUUGGUUCAUCUCAAGCUGAAAAAAAUAAUGGAUCAGCAAACGAAUCAACAUCAAUACUUAAUCAAGAUCCAUCGAAUACAUCAUUUGAUGAAGAAAACACUGAAGCUCUUAUACAUUCACAGAUCGAAGAAUAUACUGAAAAUUAUUCUGAACUAACUGACAGACCUGUUAAAGAAGCAUUAGAAGAUUUAACAUCUUUUCGUACAUCAAGCUUUGAUCAACAAGCAAUUAUUGUUCGACGAUUAUUUACUAAUGCUGCAUUUAUCGGUGCUCCUACUUCAAAUAUGACACUACCUAAACCCAUUUUAGAAUAUGUUCCUGACAAUAAAUUUAAACAAUUACUUCAAUCUAUUAUUCGAUAUGCAAUUAAACUUUCAGUAAAAUUUAUAUAUUUUUAA